AUGGAUCAUCUCAGAACUCCAGUACCACUCUCCGCUAAACCCCCUUCGGCGACUUUCCCUCCGACCCAUGGAUCUACUCGGCCCAAUGUGACCACAGAACCGCUGGCGCAAGCUGGCGACCAACUUUCUCGCAAUGAGCUCGAACCAACCGAGACUCGCUCCUCACAUCGACAUCUGACUGACUGGCACCUCGACGGCGCCAAGUUGCACAGUCACCGCCAUAAACAUAGCAAAUCUCGUGAGAUCCGCCUCCCACGCCACAUGAGCCAUCUUGCAUCCUCCGCAAGUGCUCGGGGCCUAUUGCCCACCUGGUCUGGAGGUCGAGAAAAGGAUCGCGAGGAAGAUGGGCUCUUGCGGCCCAUGACUCGGGAGACAACGCGAUCGCGCUGGGGGUCGGAUUCUACCUCCGGACUAGGCAGUAGCAGUCGAAGUCGCAAGGGCAGUAUUCUGGAUCCCUCUGAUCAACAGGGACAAUUGGGUCCGAUUCGCAGACAGGAGAUUCAAUCGCUGGAAGAAUUGGGCCAGGUUACAAAGCGAAGGAAACAGGGAGAACAAUACCUGCGUUCUGCACUCUCCUCCAUUGCGACUUUGGCUACCGACGUCACCCGGCGACUUGAUUACACCUACUAUAACCUGCUUGAGAAAAUCACCGCUCUCAACUCGACGAUCGGGUCUUUCCAGGACCUCUCAGAUUCAGCGUCGACUCUUCUCAAUGAUUUCGAGCGCGAGACUGCUGGACUCGAUCAGGAGAUCCGCAAGCAGAUUAAUGAUCUCCAGGGCUUCCAGCCUCAAAUUCAAAAGGCCGACGCAUUGGAUAAACGAAUGAAGGCCGGGCGGCAGCGAGUCGAGGAUCUCGGCAAACGUCUCGAGAGCGUUCGAGGCGAGAUUGACCGCUGGGAUCAACGAGAGUCGGAAUGGCAGUCUCGAGUCAGUCGACGAUUGCGAAUCUUCUGGGCUGUCAUAUCUAGCAGUCUGCUUGUUCUCGUUUUGGCUCUCGUUAUCCAGAAUUGGCCCGCGUUGCAGUCUCCGAGUUCGUUUGCUGAGCCGAGCGAUAAACUGAAUCAGACUUCACUCGGUGCCACUCCAUCUGAUACUUGGGAGUCGGUUCUGAGUGACGCUGAGGACAUCACCAGUGCUUCCUGGUAUCCAUCUGGUCUGGCAGAUCGUCGACAGAGCUUGGAACAGGCGAACAGCAUCACGGCCACGAGUUCUCGGGCUAGCUCGGAUGCUGUACCGACCGAUCUUGACCCGCUACGGGUCCUUGAUGAGUUAUAG